CUAUUCAGCUACUACGGCUAUAAAUAAGCCGGAUGAGGAAACCUUUUUCCACCCAAUUUUUUUGGGCACCAAUAAAUUGGCCAGAUCUAGCUUGAGAAACUUUGCAAUAAGAUAACGAUGGAAGGAGCGGAAGGAGAAUCAGCAGCAGAUAUUUGCGAGCCCCUGCUGAGCUCCCCCUGGGGGAAACUCAGUGUUUUAAGCAAGGAGUCGAUGGCCUCGGAUAAGUGCACCAUCUUCCGCGCCCCGGCCCUCAUCCGGCAGCGCAACAAGCACCUGUACGAGCCCCAAACGGUCGCAAUCGGCCCCUACGGUCGCCGCGAUGAUGAGCCCUCCCUCCGGGCGAUGGAGUUGCUUAAACGGCGUUACCUCCAGGAAUUCCUCUCUCACAGCAGCAACUGCACCAUCGAGGACAACGUCGACGAGAUCCAGCAAUUGCCCUCUCCCAACUGCAGCACCAUCGAGGACUACGGAGCUGAGAUCCAGAAAUUGGUGCCGGAUGUGCGGGGGUGCUACUUCGAGCAGGUCGAGCUCAACCCCGUUGAGUUUGCGGAGAUGCUGCUUCUCGACGGGUGCUUCAUCCUCGAGUUCCUCAUCAAGUGGAAGCUAGGGUUUGGCGACAGCUCUUUCGCUUCGAAAUGGAGCUUGUCGUUGGUUCACGAUGAUUUGCUCUUGCUUGAGAACCAAAUCCCCUUCUGUGUGCUCGACAAGUUGUUCGAACGCCUCAAGUCCACCUCGGACAGCAGUAUACCUUAUUCUCUGAUGGAGCUUCUUGUAUACUACCUGACACGCAUGAGCGUCGAGAGCCCCGAGGAAGAAACAAAGAGCUCCAAAAAUGGGAAGCAAGCCAAUUGCGGCACUUGUUGGCUUGCUUCCCAUUUUUGGCUUGCUGCUUCCCAUUUUUGGAGCCCCGAGCAAGGAACGAAGAAACCAGAGGAAGAAACAAAAGAGCCCCAAAAAUGGGAAGCGAAAAACUUUGAUCACUUAUUGCAUCUCUACUACGAGUGCUAUGUCACGGCACCACAAACUGAUCACUCGAAACUGCGAACUGAUCCAAAGGAUGGGGAUGAGAAAAGAUUUCCGAGGACGAUUCCAUCAGCUACCGAGCUCCUGGACGCCGGAGUGACAAUUAAGAAGAAGAAGAUGAAGAAGAAGAAGAAGAAGAAUAAUGAGAAUGAGAAUGAGACUCAUGAGAAUCGUCUUAGUUCCUUCUUAGAUGUAGCAUUUGAGGACGGCGUGCUCGAGAUCCCUUUCCUCUCGGUGGAGCCCUCCACCCUAGUUCGCUUCUCGAACCUCGUGGCCUUCGAGCAGUGCAGCGGGUGCAAGGAUGGUAAGGCUUACAUGACAAGCUACGCCAUGUUCAUGAACUGCCUCAUAGACAAGCGGGAAGAUGUGGCGGUACUCCACCAGCGCGGAAUCCUGGAGAACAAUCUGGCGAGCGACGAGGAGCUGGCGGUCUUCUUCAACCAGCUCUCCGACUUGGCCUACAUCGAUUACGAUGACCACUACCUCGCCCAACUGUUCCGGGACGUGAGGGAGUACUGUGGUUACCCUUGGCCCAAGUGGAGGGCGAAGCUGGUCAGGGACUAUUUCAGCAACCCAUGGGCCAUCCUUUCUUUGUUCGCAGCAGCUGUCCUUCUUAUUCUCACCAUCCUGCAAACCGUCUACACCGUCUGCUCUUACUAUCAUCCUGGGAAUUAAUUAGUUGUGUCCGAACAGACGUUGGAUGCAUGCCUACAAAUUGGUGUGAGGUCCUCACACACCAAGCCACAGUGUGGAGUACUAGCUAGUAGCGUGGAAAGUGUGAGCGCGCGCGGAUAGCUUUAGUAUAGAGUUGGUGUGCCGGUCAUUUAAUUGCAACUUUAAUUGGGUGCAUGUGAGUGUGUUCAGUCUACCAUAAAAUUAAUAAUUUGGAUGUGAUUGUGUGCGAGUCGACUAAAAUAAUAGUUGAAUGUGAAGAAUCGUGCAAAUGUUCUUCGUAUGUUAAUAAAAGCAUUAAUUUCGUAUGGCUUGCUACAAA